AUGGCUUCUCUUUUAACAGCUGUUUUUAAAGCGACUGUUGGUUUACUUGUGGAAAAAGGCCGCGAUGCUGCUGCCGAAAAGCUAAAGCAUGGAGAUAUUACUGAUCAAAAACUGCGAGACGUGAUUGUUCGAGAAAUCCAUGAUGUCAAAUCGAAGCUGGAUGGCCUGGCAAGGAAAGAUCUCCUGUCGGCAAUCGACUUCUUUGAAGAAGGAAUUACUUUAUUGUAUGAUCUGCCUCAAUUGAAAUACUCACCAGGGUACGAUGCUGAAGAUAAUGUGGUUUCUCUACCUCAGGCAAUGUCCAACUUGAAACUGACCCAAAGCAUGGAUGAAGCCUCAACAUCAAUUCUUUCUAGAGCCAAGAAAAGGUUCGAAGAUUGUCGUAGGAAAGCAACAGAAGCGUUUAAUGACGAAGCAUUAAAACCUUCCGACCGCAUCGUGGCAAUGGGAUACCGAGUUAUGGCGACAGUGCUGGAAACAGUAGACAAUCCUACAGCCGCUUUAUCAGCUUGCAGAUUGUGCAUUGAAAGAUUGCACUCACUACCAGCGGUUCAAAAUUGUUUUUCCGUCGAACUUAAGAAGGGUCUUCGUGGCUGGUUCAGCAAAGAUGAACGCAGAGAAAUCAUUACAGCUAUAUGUCGUGUAAAUCGCGUCAUCUAUGAUGUAACGUGUAUCGUUUAUGGUUUUGGCAACAAAGAAUUACAAGACAUCACACAAACCUGGCCUUGUAUUAAUAUUGACAACGGAAAUGUGAAUGUUAAUCCACUGAUUGACGGAAGAGUUGCUAUUACUUUACGAAAGCGAGGAAUGAACCACUUUUCCGCGCACUGGUCAUUUGGUCAGGAAGGGGAAGAGAAACAGAGGCUGAAGCAAGCUGGUGGAAUCGCAACAAACACGCAGGGGGGCUUUAUUGUUACCGACUGUGAAGACCGUAACGUAAAGGCGUUUGACAGCACUGGUAAGUUUUUAUACUCAUUCUAUCCUGGGACUAACGAGAAGGCAAAAGAUGACAAAGAUGUAAUUAUUCAUGAUGUAGCGACUGACAAGAAAGACAAUAUCUACGUUCUCCUGACACGCAAGAGGCCCGGAGUCGAAGAAGAGUCUUUCGUGUACUUAAAAACGUCGGAUCAAUUUCUUCCUCUCAGGGGUGGAUUCAGGUCAUGGUCUUUUGGAUGUUCUUCGCUUGCAAUUAGCGACAACGAUAAAGUGCUGGUACGCGGAGAGAUGAUUGGCGGGCACUACGUGGUUGACGUGUAUGAGAAAGACGGCCAGUUUGUUUGUCGUUUUGGAGAAGGCAUCUUGAAAGGCGCUUCAUCCAUUGCCACUGCAAAUGACGGAAGUAUUGUAGUAGCAGACCACGAGGGUGAUUCGUAUCAUGUUUACACCUUUAGUGAAGAGGGAGAACAGCUUUCUAAGUUCACUGUGCAAAGAUCGUACCACUGCCCUCAAACGACGUUCCAUCAAGCGAGUGAACAUUUCGUUGUAGCUGGUAUUGAAAGAGGA